AUGGUUAGAAGCAUGAUACUCAGGUCUGGACUUCCAAAAUUUCUGUGGGGAGAAGCCUUAAAGACUGCAAAUUAUAUUUGUAACAGAGUUCCAACCAAAGCAGUUCACAAAAUUCCAUUUGAGUUGUGGUGUGGAUAUCAACCCAGUCUGAAUCAUUUUCAUGUGUGGGGAUGUAAAGCAGAGGCUAGAAUUCACAGCACUACAGAUGGAAAGUUGGAUUCUCAAUCAGUCAGUGCAUUUUUCAUUGGCUAUUCUGAGAAGUCCAAAGGAUACAAGUUCUAUUGUCCUGGAAAGGGAACAAGAAUAAUUGAAUCUCACAGAGCUGCAUUUUAUGAUGAGGUAUUUGAUAACAGUGCAAGGAAUGAUUUAGAAAUGGAUAAAAGUUCAUCACAGGCAGAAGACGACAUGGAGAAAUGGUUUGUCUAUCAGGAUUACAGUAACAUUCGCAUCCUAGAUCAGGACUGCAGCAAUACAUCAAUCCUAGAUCAGGAUCAUAGCAAUACAAUAGUCCUAGAUCAGGACUGUAGUAAUACUUCAGUCCUAGACAAUUCAGUGCCGUUGAAUCUUGUUCCAGCAAGUACAGAGGAUGAAAAUGUAACACAACAAGCAAGUGUAGAUGUUGUGGAUCAUGUCAACACUAUCACAGGUGAACAAAGUGAGCCAAUUGCAGAUGAUACAAUGCCAACAAAACAUAAUGAGCAAGCUGCAGCAAAUACAGUAGUAAUGCAGACCACAGAAAUUGCAGAAGCAUCAUAG